AUGUCUGUUUACGAUUUGGAAGAUCGAGAAUCUCGCUUCCUGGUCAGCUUCAGACACUCCCGUCAUCGCGACCAAGGCGACAGUCACCUUCUCCGUCGUUUCACCCGUCAUCUGGACGAUAUGGUGCAACACCACCACUACUACUGCUGCCAAGAAGGCCCCGCGGCGGCGACGCCUGCCCCUGCGCCUGCCCCUGCGCCUGCUCCUGCCACGAAUACGUUUCAGAUCGACAUAGUUGACCAAACCCCCAACAGGAUCCCAGCUCGGAAUGGCAAAGAAUGGCGGGCCGAGUUUCCCCUUAGUUUCAAAGCAGAAGACAUCAUAAAGUGCCUCACGUCAAACCCUGGCAAAUACAAGAUCAUGGUAUACUGGGUAGGACAGGGCGGUGUAACAGAGGAAUUGGCUUUCCCCAUCAGGGGAAGGGAGCUCCAGGAAAGGGGCAGGAUGCUUCAAAUCAUGGAACGGCAGGCCGUCAAUAAGGAAAGACUCAUCGCCUUCGCGCCGGGGGAUCUGUCUUAG